UAGCAAUUACACAUUAGUAAUUCUUUCUUUAUGCUCUGAGAUGCAACUGAUUUCAACAAAAAAGUACAAGAAAAGAAGGCAAAAUAACAAGCUGCAACAAGUGAUGACAGAUAGCCAGAAAAUUCACCCAAUGGUGGACAUGAAAGCACCAUCAGUAUUCCCAUUGGUACCUCAGAGCUCAUCAGUUUCAGAGAAAGGCAAUCCUCUUCAUCAUGAACAUCAACCUCCACCAUUACAGACCAGCAUUCGGAAUCGAGCAAUCGAAACAGAAACUGCACCAAACACAAGAACAACAGCACCAGCAGCAGCAACAACAAAAACAGCAAGAAGCUGUUUCUGCAAGUGCAUUUGUUGGACAAUAUGCCUUAUUCUCUUUCUUUUGGUUAUAAUUGGUGCCAUUGCUGGCAUUCUCUACCUUAUCUUCCAACCAAAAAUUCCAAAGUACUCUGUCGACAGCUUGAGAAUAAGCGAUCUGAGACUCAAUUUCGACAUGACCCUUUAUGCCAAAUUCAAUGUCAAGAUCACUGCCAAUAAUCCCAACAAGAAAAUAGGAAUUUACUAUGACAAAGGAGGGCAGUUGAGUGUAUGGUACAUAGACACAAUGCUUUGUGCAGGAUCGAUACCAACAUUCUAUCAAGGUCACCGGAACACAACGAAACUCGAUGUAAGCUUGAGCGGGCAAAGUCAGUAUGGGAGCACUUUGAUGACAGCAUUGCAAGAGCAACAACAAACAGGAAGCAUUCCACUAGAUCUCAAAGUUUCUGCACCUGUUGCUGUCAAACUUGGAAGGUUGAAGCUGAGGAAGGUGAGGAUCCUGGGAGAUUGCCUCCUGGUUGUGGAUAGCUUAACUACCAACAACUUACUUAGCAUUAAGACUAGUAAUUGCAAGUUUAGACUGAAGCUCUGAUAUUCGUUGUUUCUGUAUAUCUUCUUCUCCCCAUUCCUUUUAUACUGUUUUUUUUUCUUUCUUUUCCCAUCCUUUUUGAGGAUGACUUGUUUAUUCGUUUUAGUUCCAUUCAUUCCUUUUGUUUUCUGAUGGAAUUACCUUUCUAAUGUCCUUGAUAGUUUAACAAUUUAUUUGUUA